CCAAAUCCUACUUCAAAGGAAAGGCGAAACCCGCGUGCACGACACAACAACUACCGAGGGGGAAGGAAGUUGACAGCUGGUUAAUAUUUAGUGGUGUUGCCUGGUGGUGAGACUGGAGGGACCUUUGUGAACCAGUCAUCUCAUUGUCCUCAGCUUAGAGCGAUGCCACUUUGCAGAAUGAGACCCUUCUCCUGACACAGGGAGGGUACUCCUCCCCCCAACCUUAGCAACCCGGACUCUCUACCUACCUACCUCACCCCUGACCCCCAUUACCUCACCACUGACUAACCCAUAAACCCUCCCCUCUAAUUAGUACCUCAACACUCUCCUCUAUGUAAACCUGCUGCUCUUAAACUGCUCUGUCCCCACCCUCCGGAGUAUUACAUUACAUUCAAUACAUCAACAGGGGUAAUUUAAAAAAAGCAUUGUCAGUGCCUACUCCCUGGUGUUCAUUUUGUGCCCAGAGUGUAUCCUCAGUAAGGUGCUCUAAGCCUGUGUACUGGCAUGUGACGAUGCUGCUGAACUUCGAGUGACGUCCCCACUCUGUGAUGUCAGAGGCCAGAGGAGAGGGGCGGGACCAGAGUGGAAAUCUCUCGUUUGUGGUUGGCUGUGUCGAUGAAGACCACCGAGGCUCAGAAGAAGGAGGAAGAAUAAAGAACGAGGGAGAGAUGCGAAAAGGAGAGGAGGAGGACGAUGACAAGGAUGAUGACUCGCCUCCAGAGAGGCAGAUCGUGGUGGGCAUCUGCUCCAUGAUGAAGAAGUCCAAGUCAAAGCCCAUGACCCAGAUCAUGGAAAGGCUGUGUAAGUUUGAGUACAUCACGGUGGUCAUCUUCCCCGAGGAGGUCAUCCUCAGCCAGCCCGUGGACAAAUGGCCCCUGUGUGACUGCCUCGUCUCCUUCCACUCCAAAGGUUUCCCAUUGGACAAAGCGGUAGAGUACGCCAAACUCAGAAACCCGCUUCUCAUCAAUGACCUGAACAUGCAGUACUACAUACAAGACAGGAGGGAGGUGUAUCGUAUCUUGCAGGAGGAGGGCAUUGAUCUUCCUCGUUACGCUGUGUUAACCCGAGACCCAGACAGACCUGAAGAGUGUAACCUGGUGGAGGGGGAGGAUCAUGUGGAGGUGAACGGGGAGGUGUUCCCCAAGCCCUUUGUGGAGAAGCCUGUGAGUGCUGAGGACCAUAAUGUUUACGUCUACUACCCCACCUCAGCUGGAGGAGGCAGCCAGAGACUCUUCCGCAAGAUAGGGAGCCGCAGCAGUGUGUACUCCCCAGAGAGCUGUGUGAGGAAGACUGGCUCCUACAUAUACGAGGAGUUCAUGCCAACGGACGGCACUGAUGUCAAGGUGUACACAGUAGGCCCUGACUAUGCCCAUGCCGAGGCCAGGAAGUCCCCAGCCCUGGACGGUAAGGUGGAGAGGGACAGCGAGGGGAAAGAGAUCCGCUACCCUGUUAUGCUCUCCGCCAUGGAGAAACUGGUGGCCCGCAAGGUCUGCCUGGCCUUCAAGCAAACUGUGUGUGGCUUCGACCUCUUGAGAGCAAACGGCCACUCUUUCGUCUGUGACGUCAACGGCUUCAGCUUCGUGAAGAACUCCAUGAAGUACUAUGACGACUGUGCCAAGGUCUUGGGGAACAUGGUGAUGCGAGAGCUGGCCCCUCAGUUCCACAUCCCCUGGUCCAUCCCCCUGGAGGCUGAGGACAUACCCAUAGUCCCCACCACCUCAGGAACCAUGAUGGAGCUGCGCUGUGUCAUCGCCAUCAUCCGCCACGGAGACCGCACCCCCAAACAGAAGAUGAAGAUGGAAGUCCGACACCCUCUAUUCUUUGCGCUGUUUGAAAAGUAUGGAGGCUACAAGUCAGGGAAACUGAAGUUGAAGAAACCCAAACAGCUACAGGAAGUUCUGGACAUUGCCCGGCUCCUACUGGCUGAGUUGGGACAGCACACAGACUGUGAGAUCGAGGAGAAGAAGGGUAAACUGGAGCAGCUCAAGACGGUCCUAGAGAUGGAGUCCAGCCUGAAUGACACUCGGUACGGCCAUUUCUCAGGCAUCAACAGGAAGGUGCAGCUCACCUACCUGCCCAACGGACAGCCCAAAGCCUCCAGUGAGGAAGAAGAGUGUCCAACGGAGGGUCCGUCUCUGCUGCUGGUGUUGAAGUGGGGCGGGGAGCUGACCCCGGCAGGCAGGGUACAGGCUGAGGAGCUGGGCAGGGCCUUCCGCUGCAUGUACCCUGGAGGACAAGGGGACUACGCUGGUUUCCCUGGCUGUGGUCUGCUCCGUUUACACAGCACCUACCGCCACGACCUCAAGAUCUACGCCUCAGACGAAGGCCGUGUUCAGAUGACCGCUGCCGCUUUUGCCAAGGGUCUGCUGGCUCUGGAGGGGGAGCUGACUCCCAUCCUGGUGCAGAUGGUGAAGAGUGCCAACAUGAACGGCAUGCUGGACAGUGACAGCGAGUCUCUGACCGACUGCCAGCAGAGGGUGAAGGUACGGCUCCAUGAGAUCAUGCAGAAAGACCAGGACUUCACUGAGGCCGACUACCAGAAGCUGGCCCCUACAGGCAGCCCCUCCCUGGUCACCUCUAUGAAGACCAUAGGGAACCCAGUGAGGACGUGUGAUCAGGUCUACGCCCUCAUCCAGAGACUCACCUCCCAGAUCCGCAGGAGGCUGGAGGACCCCAAAUCUGCAGACCUGCAGCUGUACCAUAGUGAGACCCUGGAGCUGAUGCUGCAACGCUGGUCCAAGCUGGAGACCCUGGAGCUGAUGCUGCAACACUGGUCCAAGCUGGAAAGGGACUUCCGGAAUAAGAGCGGUCGCUACGACAUCAGUAAGAUCCCAGACAUCUACGACUGUGUGAAGUACGACACGCAGCACAACGCCACGCUGGACCUAGAGGACACACUGGAGCUGUUCAGGCUGUCCCGAGCCCUGGCCGACAUCGUCAUACCUCAGGAGUAUGGCAUCAAUAAGGCAGAGAAGAUGGACAUUGCCCAGGCCUACUGCCUUCCCCUGAUGAAGAAGAUUCAGCUGGACCUGCAGAGGACCCACGAGGACGAGGCCGUCAAUAAGCUGCACCCGCUGUACUCGCGGGGAGUCAUGUCUCCGGGGCGCCACGUCAGGACCCGUCUCUAUUUCACCAGCGAAAGCCACGUCCACUCACUGCUCAGCAUCUUCCGCUACGGGGGAUUACUGGACGAAGUGAAGGACCAGCAGUGGAAACAGGCCAUGGAUUACCUCAGCGCCGUCUCUGAACUCAACUACAUGACCCAGAUAGUCAUCAUGCUGUAUGAGGAUAACAACAAGGACCCUGGGUCAGAGGAGCGUUUCCACGUGGAGCUCCACUUCAGUCCCGGGGUGAAGGGCUGUGAGGACGAGGAGAACGUCCCUCUGGGCUUUGGCUUCCGCCCAGCCUCCGCUGAGAACCAGGAGAAGCAGACCAACCAAGGCAGUCUGGAGGACCUAUCACAGGACGAGACUGACCGGGCCCUGUCGCUCUCUGAGCCAAUCAGCAUCAAAAGAUCCCCCAUGAUCCGCAACCGCAAGACUGGCUCCAUGGAGGUCCUCUCCGAGACCUUGCCCACCUCCUCCAAGGGCACCUCCUAUCGCCUCUUCCCCUCAUGCUCGUGCCAGUCCCCCGAGAUUAAACAGACUGGCCUAGAGCUCUUCUCUAUGCCGGCAGUAAAGAGAUUUUCUGUGUCGUUUGCCAGGCAUCCGACUAAUGGCUUUGAAGGCUGCUCCAUGGUGCCCUCUAUCUACCCGCUGGAGACAUUGCACAACUCGCUGUCCCUCAAGCAGGUGGACAAGUUUCUCAAUGCCGUGUGUGAGCAUAGCAGCGAUGCCCACGCCAAGACCAUGAAAGACAGCAGUGGCCCCUCUAGCACAGUGUUCAGUGGAAGGUCCUCUUCCCCCACCUCAGUGAACCCAGACAAAAAUUUCAGCUUCAGCGGAUGUGUGUCCAACCAACACUCUGCCCCAGUUGAGCAACAGCGAGGGGAGCCUAUCCCCAGGCUCCUUUGCAGUGUAUAGACGGACCUGAGGCUGGACGGAUCCCUGCCGUCUGUCCCGGAUUCAGACUGCUGUCCUGCCGUCUGUCCCACUGCUGUCCUGCCGUCUGUCCCACUGCUGUCCUGCCGUCUGUCCCACUGCUGUCCUGCCGUCUGUCCCACUGCUGUCCUGCCGUCUGUCCCACUGCUGUCC